CUCCAGUUUAACCUUGCCAUGGCCAAUAUGCCGCCACCUACUUCCUACAGGCCGCUCAGCUUUACAGAUCGCAGGGAGACGGAGGCAGCGAGGGAGAAUCCUGCAUGGAGAUGACUCGCUGCUAUGGCAGAGUACAGGUGUUUCCAGGAGGCGGUGCAGUGUUUCCAGCAGGCUCUGGACCCAGCAGCUCAGCAGCCCCCCCUGCUGGCCAAAGUGCUGCUCAACCUGGGAGCUGCUCUGAAUUCUGUGGGCCGGUUCACACCAGCUGUGGGGUACCACAGGCUGGCUGCUGGACACUAUGAGGCCACACUCACUCAGGCCACCUGUGGGACAACUCGUCAGAAGUCCAGGCCGAGCGUCCAACCAGCAGCCAGACGAUCAGCAGGCCACAGGUAGACAGGAAGCAGCAGAGCAUUGUGGGUCAACAUUGGCCGGAGCCACUGAGGGACCUGGAUACAUGAGCACAGAACCUGCAAUACACAGUCUUUCAGAAGCUGCUGCAGUCGACAGGAAGCUGAUCCUGAUCACACCGGGUUCUGUUCUUACUGGGUUCUGCCUGUCAGAGCCGGUUCUUCAGGGCUGCCUGUGGAUUCCUGAACAUGAGGAGAGCCAAGGAGUUGGACCUGAGGAGCUGCUGAUCAGGAUGUCAGGUAACUGGUCAUCACCGCCCCCUCCCAACUCCUCCCAGUUCCCCCCUGUCACAGACUGGGAGGCUCCCAGCUUCACCCGGGCCGCUCAGUUCCGUGUGGGCGCCACUUUCGUCCUCUUCCUGUUCGCCGCCUGCAGUAACCUCGCCCUAUUGGCUAGUGUGUGGCGUGGGCGCGGCCGGCGGCUGGCGUCUCACCUGCGGCCGCUGAUGUUGAGCCUGGCGUCGGCCGACCUGAUGAUGACAUUCGUGGUGAUGCCUCUGGACGCGGUGUGGAACGUGACGGUGCAAUGGUACGGAGGAGACACGCUCUGCAAGCUGCUGAGCUUCCUGAAGCUGUUUGCCAUGCACGCCUCCGCCUUCAUCCUGGUCGUCAUCAGCCUCGACCGCCAGCACGCCAUCCUGCACCCGCUGGAUGCUCUGAGCGCGCACUGCAGGAACCGACGCAUGCUGCUGCUGGCCUGGAGCCUCAGCCUGCUGCUUGCAUCACCACAGCUCUUCCUCUUCCGGGCGGUCAUCGCGGAGGCCGUGGACUUCACUCAGUGUGCGUCUCACGGCAGCUUCAGGCGCCGCUGGCACGAGACGCUUUACAACAUGUUCCACUUCACCACGCUGUACGUCGUCCCUCUGAUGGUGAUGAGCUGCUGCUACAGCCGCAUCCUGCUGCACAUCCACCUGCAGCACCGCAGGGACAAAGCAGGUGAGUCGUACCUGCGGCGCAGCGGCACCGACAUCAUCCCGAAGGCCCGGAUGAAGACCCUGAAGAUGACGGUGGUCAUAGUGCUGUCCUUCGUGGUGUGCUGGACUCCGUACUACCUGCUAGGGAUCUGGUACUGGUUCCAGCCCAACAUGCUGCACGUCACGCCGGAGUAUGUGCACCACGGCCUCUUCGUGUUCGGGAACCUGAACACGUGCUGCGACCCCGUCAUCUACGGCUUCUACACCCCGUCUUUCAGGGCCGACCUCGCCGCCUGCUGCCGCAGGACGAAAAGCGACACUUCACUGCGAUCUCCGGACCGACAGUCGGCCAGGGGGGGUGCUCAGAGCGGGGAGCACGAAGCGGACCCCGCCACCAACAGCCGGGCAGGAGACUAGCAACGACCAAUCAGAGGACAGGAGGUGAUGAUGUCACCCUGGAUCACUUCCUGCUGCUGUCUUUGUUAUAAAUCAUCAGUUUUACUUUAGUUUACUGUUUGUAUUGAUUUAUUUUAUGUUCUCUGAUCAAAGUGAAUCAGUGAGACGGCUUCACGAUGAAGAAGAACUCCACUUCCUGUAAACUUGACCUUUAACCCCUCACAGCACACGGUGACAUCACUGCUGGGCGUGGCUACAGGUGCUGACCGCAGCCAAUGGCAAGUCUCAAUGUUCAGUGUGUUUUGUCGUGGUUACACGUAAAAUAACUUCCUGUCUACGGAGGCCAGAGAAAGGAAAUAAAUCAUGAAUCAUCAUUUCUUCAGCUGCUGAAGCUCUGAUCUGUGGAUCUUUAAACAUAUAAUCUCUAACAUUUAUAUAUAUAUAUUUAGUUGAGUUGUGUUCUUACAUUAUCCCAAAUGUUUCCAACAAUCAAACCCUAAAUAAAUCUGUAGUUUCCGAACUUUAUCAGCCCGACACAUGUGACUGAUGUUGAUGUACUUUGUGCUUAGAAACGUUUCAAAACAUGCAAAACAAAUAAAUGUUUGCAUUUUGUUUAUUCAAAAAUUCUCUUCUAUUUAAUUUACAAUAAUAACAUAAUACUGUAUAUAUGUGUUAUUUGUGUUUCUACAUGCGUGUGAUUAUGAAAAUACAAUAAAAAACAUACAUAUAAAAGUCGUUCUUAAUAGUAAAAAGUAUAAAUUGUAUAAGAGUGAACGUGCUGGAGGAUAAUAUGACGUCAGUAAACUUGAUGUUAGCGUCGAUGUUUGAAGAAUUAAAUAGCUUAAAAACCAAAUGAUUAUGAAAAUUAAUAUACACAAAUAUUUAAACAUUUCACCUUCAAUUACCUGCAAACUUUAAAUGUUAUUACCUUUUCUUGUUUUGUGUAAACAAACUGAAGACAAACUUUUAAUCCAGAUAAUGAUGUGGGCUUCGUAGACAAUUGGCGACUUUCUGGGGAAGACCUGGUCUGAUUAGGAGUGACGGCAUCCAUCCUACUUUGGCUGGAGAAGA